GCAAAUGAAAAAUACUCACCUUACGUUCCCGAUCACUUGCAAACGGCAUUUGGCGCAGAUCUGCUGUCUGCUCUUUUCUCCUCUUAUCUGUCCCACUCGCUUCCCUCCGGAAUGGCACCCGCGUCCCUGACCCUCCACGCUCCGACGACCUCCUUCCCGUUCGCCACCGGCGCCGGAGGGCGAAGUCGACCCCACUGGGCGCCACCGGCGGUCCCCGCACCACUUCCCCCGGCGGCCAUGCCUGCGGUGCCUCGCCGGCUCCUCCUGCCAGCGGCUGCCGGCAUUUGGGACUUCAUCUCCGGCGGAGCGGGCGGUGCCGCCGCCGCAUCCCUGGCUGUCCGGCGAGGUAUGCAGCUCUUCCGGCAGGGGGAUGUGGCUGGGUCGUUGACCGAAUUUGACAGCGCCAUCGAGAUGGAUCCACGGCAGAAGCAAUAUCUUUGGCAGAGGGGCCUGUCAUUGUACUACCUCGACAGGUUUGAGGAAGGUGCAGAGCAGUUCAGACUGGAUGUUGCAGCAAACCCGAAUGACACUGAGGAGUCCAUAUGGUGCUUUCUGUGUGAGGCUCAGCUCUAUGGGGUCGAAGAAGCGAGGAAGCAAUUCUUGGAGGUUGGUUUGGACUCGAGACCUGUAAUGCGUGAAGCUUAUGCAUUGUUCAAAGAUGGUGGAGACCCUGAGAAGACUUUUCGAGUGGCUCUGGUGGUGACGUCUUCUAUUCCUCAUUAUAUGCUGGACUUUACUACGAAUCUCGGGACUUGUAAGCGAGGAACUUGUCAAAGGACACGAAAGCUACCGAGGAAUACUUAUUCAAGGCUAUGCUCAAGCAAGAUUACAAGAGCUCUCUACAUUUACCCUACAACUUUCAUGUCACAGGCAGGACCAAGGCAACAAUUUAUAUGGGUUCUUUGUAUAUACAUUCAUAUGAGAAUGCGUUAGUUCUAGUGUCAAGGACAAUGAUAUUGAGGUUUGUAAUUACAAAUAAAUGCCCACUUUUUGAUGUCUAUACAUGUUCACAGAUUAAUUUUCUCAUUUUGUUAAUGACAAUGCAUGAUGCUGAAAACAAGUCGGCUAAUACUCCAUGAAAUCAUAGCCAUUCAAGAAUAGCUCUCCAGGUUCAUCAAUGGGCAGGUCAUCCAUCCAUAUGGCGAGUUUCAUGACCUAGUGUCUUAACCGUGUGCUACAUCGUACGCCUCCUUAGUUCGAGACUAGUGACUUUCCUAGUACAACACCUACUAGUAAGUAGAAAUAUAAAUAAAAAUUGAACUAUUUUCCAGUCUUAUAGAUCCUUAUUCCACACUUGUUGCAAAACUAUGGUGUACGAGUGAAUGAUGAAUUGUAUGUUAACUGUAUGUGAUAUAUGUGAAUGAUGAAGUGUAUGCAUGAAUUAGAUGUGAAUGAAUUGUCGUGUAUAUAUACAUGAAUGAGAUGCACAUGGUCAA